CGUCAUGCAGGUGGCGGCGGGCGGGGGGCGCGGCCUGGGAGUGUCACGCCCCCGGCUGCCAGGGCCCGCCCCCGCGUGCGCCGCUUCUGAGUGGCGGGGUUGCGUGGCCCGGAGACCUGAGCUCGCCGCCACCAUUCGGCCAGUGUGCGCCAGCCAGCCACCACCGAUAAUCGCGCGUGUGUGUGCGAGUCGGCCGGUCGUGACGUCACUAUUACGGAGCUAGUUCUUCCCGCGGACUCCCGUCCCACUCACAGUCGUCCUGCGGCCGCGUGACGCAACCCAUCCUCAUUGGCUGCUUCUGCCUCUCCGGGCCGUCCUUCAUAUGUUUACACAUAGCGACUGCUAUGAGCAAAUUUAAUCCAGCACAUGGUGUGGUAGCGCGGGUAAAAUUUACAAUUUGAAAAUCGGUUGGUGUGUUGGUGGUGAUCACGGUGUGUUACUGGAACUUCAGUUGGUUCUUGGUGUUGGUGGAGUGAGUGUGUCAGUGGGUGCGUGUAGUGUGUUACCUUCAUAACCACAACCAUGAACUCCUACUUCGAACAGGGCGGGUUUUACGGCGGCGGCUCCGGCGGGGACCAGGCUUACCGCUUCCCCUUGGGCCUCAGCGUGAGCCCGUAUGGGCAGCCAGGACCUCGUCAGGAUGGCUACGACACCACGGCCGCCUCCUGCAAGCUGUACGCGCCCCCUCAGGAGCACAUGACGCCUAACCCCUUCAAGGUGGACUGCGUCAAGGAUCAGAAUGGGUAUGGAGCCACCAAGGACAUGUCCGGGGGCUGGGGGCCCGCGGUGCGCCCCGCCUGCACCCCAGACCCGGUGGCAGCUCGCGGCUACCCUCCGGACCCCAGCACGUCCCCCCGGGACCGGGCAGCACACGUGGGCGGGUGGAACACGUGCGGGAUGACGCCCGUGUCCCAGCCCCACCAGCAAUCCCAGCAGCCGCCGCAGCAGACCAACAACCAGAUGAACCAGGCGCCCUCCAACACCACCUUCUACCCCUGGAUGGCCAUUGCAGGUACGUACCAAGCUUCCGACAGUACUGUGGUGUGGGCGUGGUGGAGGGCCGUGGCACCUGUGCCGCCCACCGCAAGCAAGGUGUCUGACGGUGCAGCCGCCGUGCCACCGCCCGGCGCCCCGGCGGGCCAGUGCGGCACUCGUGGCCUCCCUGCUGGCCGCGCCGCCCGGGUCGCGCCAGGCCUCCACGCAAAGCCUGUUUCCCCAAAGAUUAAAAUCCAUCAAAAUUCUUCUCGGUAA